AGAAGUGGGAGGGGUUAGAUGUGUGUGAGCAAUUCACGCUGCAGCAGAUGCUGAGUGCCACCAACAACUGGUCGGAGGACAAUGUGCUGGGCAAGGGAGGCUUUGGCGUUGUCUACAAAGGCCGCUCGCCACAGGGCCAGCUGUGGGCCAUUAAGCGAUCCACCAUCAUGACCAACGACUUUGAAACGGAGGUGCGAGCCAUGGCCUCUCUCCACCACACGCAUCUCGUGCGCCUGCUGGGCUUCUGCCUGGACCAGAACGUGGAGACGGGCAAGCAGGAGCAGAUCCUCGUGUACGAGUUCAUGGCCAACAGGGACCUCGAGUCCCACAUCCAUGCGAGCAAACGUCCGCUCUCCCUGCGCCAAAGGUUGCGCCUCGCACAGGGAGCAGCAGAGGGCCUGACGUAUCUGCACGGGUUUGACACACCCAUCGUUCACCGCGACAUCAAGCCCGCUAGCAUCCUCGUGACUGGAGACAUGCAAGCCAAGGUGGCUGACUUUGGCCUGCUCAAGCGCCUCACUCACGGCGAUGCUGAUGUCACGCGAGUGGCCGGCACUCCGGGCUAUGUGGAUCCGGACUACAGCCGCACCCGCGUCAUCACUGUCAAGAGUGAUGUGUUCAGGUGA